GAAUUGUGGACCCUAUGCUGCAAAGGAUGGCGGCAUGUGGCAACUCCCGAACAGUCCCUGCCCGUUCCGAUAUCAACAACAGAUGUACGUAUCAGGGUGUCACGCAGAGGGCGGCCGUUGAGGACCAGGCUCGUGAAAUAUCCGAUGCUGCUGCCUUCGGAUUGGGCUACAAACAUCUUCAGGAUGGGAGGCAUACGCUGUGCACACGUCUCCUUCUGGCCGUGAUUCCGUCUGUUCUCUAUGUCAAAGAGGAGACGAUGGAUGGUGUGAACUUCAAGGGCCGAAACCUCCAUUUUCACUUCGCUUACACGGGAACUAAAGGAGAUUGGCCUUUUUUGCGAUCAGGCUUUAAAUUGAAUUGUGGAUUCAAUUGUCGCCGCAAGUGCCAUUUGUGUGAUAUCUCAGAAUGGUGGGAUGUCAAGGGUGAGAUCAAGCACCUACCAGCAGAUUAUGUUCCGGACAAUCCCUUCAAAGUUGGGUUGGCGCCCUCCCCACUACGAUCUCUUUCCGACGAAGCAAACAAAAUUCGUGUCGAUGCCGCCCACACGUGGGCGAUCAACGGAAUUGGGAAGGACCUCUACUCAAGCACACUGGUUUUGGGGGCAAGAAUGGGCUUCUUCGGGGCUGGAUCCAUGGAUGAACGACUGAAAGUGGCUUAUUCUCGGUUCGACAAAUUCUGCAGAGCACAGAAGAAGUAUACCAGUAUCGAUGCCUUCAACCACAUGACAUUGAAAACUUCGAAGAUGCACCCUGCUUAA